AGGCAUCAGUUAGUACUGUACUGUACCGGCACUUUCGCUUCCCCUAACCUCAAUAAUUAUGUUUCUUUUUCGUUUCGGAGUCUUUGAAGACAGUCCACACACUUAACACUUGCUAACUUAAGCCCAGUGCGCAUUUGCUAACCUAAACCCCAAGCGCAAUUUUCACCAUGUCGGGCCUCAAACUCACAAUCGUCGCCUCCAUUUACAGCAAACCCUACAACCUCGAUAAAUGGGUGCGCACAUUAGCCACGACCACUAACAUUACGCCGAGACCAAAACCCUCGACGUCCUUCUAUACCCACACAGACAGAACUCCGGUGUCGUGCACACCCGUGUUGAGGAUAACGCCGUACGCACCCCUCGCUCCAUAUAGCAAACUAGGGUUUCGAGGUCAGAAAAUCUUCUAUUCUUCCGAAGAUAAUAAAGGAGUAGUUGAAGGAGGAUCUAGUGGUCUUGCCACUGAUAUGGGUACAGAGAGUAAAGAUGACUACUGUUAUGACAGUGACCGGUCGCCGCCGUCGCACAACCACCACCACCCGCCGCCGCCACCGCAGCAGCAACACAAAAAAGAACAGCAUCAACAGUCGACAAAAUUGCUCACAUUGCCGACGAUCUUGACCAUCGGCCGUGUCGCCACCGUUCCGCUCCUCGUUGGCACUUUUUACGUAGAUAGCUGGUGGGGAACUACUGCUACUACUAGUAUUUUCAUUGCUGCAGCAUUUACAGAUUGGCUCGAUGGGUACAUUGCUCGGAAGAUGAGGUUAGGAAGUGCAUUCGGUGCGUUCUUAGAUCCAGUGGCUGAUAAGCUUAUGGUUGCUGCCACCUUGGUCUUGUUGUGUACCAGACCUAUGGAAGUUCCUAUGCUUGGACAAGUGCCAUGGCUACUUGCCGUACCUUCAAUUGCCAUAAUUGGUAGAGAGAUUACGAUGUCUGCUGUCAGAGAAUGGGCUGCUUCUCAGAACACUCAACUUUUAGAGGCUGUUGCCGUGAAUAAUCUGGGAAAGUGGAAAACGGCCUCACAGAUGGCCGCACUAACUAUUCUCCUGGCAACCAGAGACAACAGUCUCACAGGAGCAGGGGUUGUAGUAGCUUCUGGUGUUUCUUUGCUUUAUGUCUCGGCAGGGCUUGCUGUAUGGUCUCUUGUUGUGUAUAUGAGGAAGAUAUGGAAAGUAUUGCUGAAGUAGCAAGUUCGAAUUUUCACUUUGCUUUUACUCUCAAGCACUCAUUGAGGGGUUGUAUAAGAUCGCUUAUUGAGCACUUGGUGGUUUACAGUAGUACCCUUUUGACAACCGAGCAUCAUAAUAUCAAUAGAGAAUUUUUUUUUUGUAUAAUUGGACAUAGGAGGGGGAAGCUGCUUUUCCAGAGUUUCUUGCGGUUACGUGCCAUUAAAAUUACUUCGGAAGAAGUCGUUGCACUUCUUGUUUUGGGGUUGUUACAAUGUCUUUUUUACGCUUGACCUUCGUGUUUAUAUGUUAUAUAAUGAGAACAACAAAAUGUAGAUGUUGAAUCCAAUAGUUGAAUUCUUUUUCGUCCCCAA